GUCCGGAAGCGGGUGCGGGGUCCCGCGUGCCACCAUGGCCGCGGCCUUCAGCAGCGAUGGGGAGGCUGCGCUGCGGCGGGAGCUGCGCACGGCCGUGGCCGCGGCACCGCGGAGCGACCUCGACGGCUACUACGAGAUGGGCCGGGCCGCCGCCUUCGUACGGGAUGGCGGGUUCCGCAAGGUCGCCCUGCAGUUCCCUGACGAGCUCCUGGCAGACGCGGUGCAGGUGGCAGGCGGGCUGGAGGCAGCCACCGGGGCCGAGAUGUUUGUGCUGGGAGACACCACGUACGGCAGCUGCUGCGUGGAUGAAGUGGCCGCCGAGCACGUGGGUGCCGAGGCAGUGCUGCACUACGGCCCAGCCUGCCUCAGCCCCUGCAGGAAGCUCCCGGUGCUGCACAUCUUCGGGCAGCAGCCCCUGGACGUGGGGCGCUGCGCAGAGGCGUUCCGGGAGCUCUACCCCGAGCAGCAGAGCCGCGUGGUGGUGCUCAGCGAUGUGGUGUACGCCCAUGCCAUGGGUGAGCUGGAGCAGCAAUUGCGUCCCGAGUACCCCAAUAUCAUCUUCUCCAGGCUGGUGUGGGGAGACCCUCCUGGCCCCCCAGUUCCUGGCGAGGAGCAGAAGUUUGGUCGCCAGUUCCUGGUGGAAGGUGCAGGAGGGCUUCAGGACUAUGCCAUGUUCUAUGUGGGAGCUGAAGGCCUUGCCCUCACCAGCUUCAUGCUGACCUGGAACCGCUGUCCUUUCAGCUCCUUCAACCCCAGCACCGGCUGCGGCCGCCGCGAGACCCUCAACGUCAACCGGGCCCUGAUGCGGCGGCUGUACCUGGUGGAGCGUGCCCGGGAUGCCAGCGUGGUGGGCAUCCUGGUGGGCACCCUCGGCGUGGCGGGCUACCUGACCGUGCUACAGCACCUCCGGGAGCUGCUGGCCCGGGCUGGCAAGCGCAGCUACACCCUGGCUGUGGGGAAGCCCAACCCCGCCAAGCUGGCCAACUUCCCGGAGGUGGACAUCUUCGUCCUGGUGGCCUGUGCUCAGAACUCCCUCCUGGACUCCAGUGACUUCUACCGGCCUGUCGUGACCCCCUAUGAGCUGGACCUGGCCUGCAACCCAGCCCGUGAGUGGACGGGGAACUACCUCACAGACUUCCGAGACCUGCUGCCAGGUGCCUGUGCGCACGUUGAGCUCCCACCAGCUGUUCCUGCAGAGGAGGCUGUUCCCGAUGUCUCUCUGAUCUCAGGGAAGAUGCGAGCUGCCCACCUCUGCGGCCCCCCCUCCUCUCAGCUGCCCCCCAACACCGCCCUGGCCUGCAGGGACCAGACACGGGCGCUCGCAGAGAUCAGCCCCGCAGCCUCCUUCCUGGAGUCCCGCAGCUGGCGGGGCCUGGAGCAGCAGCUGGGACAGACCCCAGUCUCCAAGGCAGUGCAGGGCCGACGAGGGAUUGCCAUUGCCUAUGAGGAUGAAGGGUGUGAGCAACCCUGACUCAGCAGCACUGGCAGCCAGCCAGGAGCGGGGCUGUGUGGGGGCCCUGCCAUUGCCUCCCACUGGGUGCACUGCUGGCACCUUGCUGGGUGCAGCCUUGGUCAGUAAUACUGCAGUGGGAGAGCAGGAAUUGCAUGUGUGUUCAGGAAUGCCUGUGGCACCGUGAGGCUCAUGGCCAGGGCAGCAGCAGGGCCAGGAGAGACAGGCACUUGGCCCAGACCCAGCCUCCGAGCGCUCCUUCAUCCAGGGCGGCUUUGUCCCUACAUGGAAAGGUCACAACUUUCAAGAGCUGACAGUGCUGGCAGAGGUGACACUUGAGGCUUUUGUGGACUACUGCUGCUAACUAAAGCUGAAGAGGAUUUGUGAAUGAACUGUUUUUAGAAUAAAACAUGGGCUGAGGAGCACAGAUGUCCCAAAGUGAAAAACGUAUCAUGGUGCCCACUGGGGACCAAAGCCCUGUGUGUCAGCUAACACCAGCCGGAGGGAACAGAAAACCAGAACCAGGACCUCUACCAGUAAAAGCACAGGCUGGGCUGGAGUACUAGGGCAAGGGCAGGGGAACUCUGAGCACAAACAAGCCUCAGCUGCUCUUAUGAAUGGGAAUGGGGUGCACACAUCCUGUGCUGCAGGAAGGAUCCUGUGUUUGGCAGGGGUGGAGCCCAGCCCCUCUCAUGUGAGGCAGGGCUAUUUAUGCUCCAUGCUGGGCAAGCAGGACAGACUGUUUUUUGCCGUCCCUCCCAAAGCCAGGGAGACACUGAGGUGUCCCAGCCUUGAUUGAACCCCCUCCACUCGGUUCUUCCCCAGAGGGAAGAGGCAGGCAAAGUCUGGGCACUGCAAUAAUGACAGCCACAACAUAGAAAUAUUCUUAAUAUAAUUAGGUGCAGGGCC